CUUGUGUAUCCCUCUUUCUGCUUCUUCUAUGUCCGCUGCUGGGUUGGCUAUGUACCACAAAAACUCUCUAGCAUUUUGCUGAAAAGGAGUUACUGUUAUGCUUGUUACUUUGUUUCAGGUCUGAUUCCACAAGUUUCUUAGCACUUCUGACAUAGCUCUGUUCUUCUCGCUACAACAGGAGCAGAAGCCAGAGGGUCCUGAGAAGCAGGAGGACAAGGCGAGCGCCAGCGCAGGAGGGGACGAGGGAAAGAAGAUCUCGGAGGUGGACCCCCGCCCCCCCGGUGACUCCACGCAGGCUGUGGUUCGGGACCCAGAGCAGCCUCCGGCCAACCGUGGGAUGCGUGCACUGCCCGGUCUCCUAGGAAAUGAUCUCAAGUCUAUCAGCCAGCUUUUCAACGUCACGGCCGCCACAGUGGGCUUGGGGCUGCUGCCUUUUGCCUUUCUGGGGAUUACGAUGGUGCCAAACAAGUCCCUCUUGCACAGUGCAUCGACAUCAACCUGCCGCGUCACUCCCCAUGAUAUUGCGCGGCUGUACGCGGUGGUAGGCAUGGGCCUGGCCAUCGCCAUCACGCAGUACCUUGCGUCGCUGCUCGGCGCUUCUGAGAAGGAGGAGACGGCGGAGCUGCGCCGAGUUAUCGUCUUCAUCGCUGCUGUGUCGCAGCUGGGACUUACCGUGUGCUUCUUCUGGAGCCUUAUGCUUGCCGUGUCACUUCGGAUGGGGAAGGCGCACUGCUGGCCACAGGGCACGAUGGCUGCGAUGCUGACCGGGAUGGCCAUCUCGUCCGUGCUGAGCGUGUACAUGUUGUACAUAGGCAUUGCGUGCGUCUUCGGGGCCAACACCAAUUGACAGCCUGGAUGUGCAUGGAGUUCUUCAUAUGGCAUUAUGGCUUCACUUCUCCAUAUAUAACUAGUACUGAAACUCGAUGACCGGUUUGGCACUUCAGUUGUAAGCGCUUUGUGCCUCGUUUAAAUUAGUACGGUACUUUGGAAACCUGAUGAUGGUAUGUAUGCCUGAACAUUUGCGACUUCAGUUGUA